AUGAAUCGAUUCAGGAAACAGAAGAAGGCGAAGGAUGCGCCGGAAGGGCAAGCAACAGGGUCGACUGAGUCAGAAGUACCAACACUCCAUACGAAGAAGUCUCGAACGUUUGGUAGGUCGAAGAAGCAGGAGCCGGAACCUAUGCCAGAACCGGAAUUCGAUGUUGCCAACGCCUUACCGCCGACGGAUGACUUCCGAACAAGUCUUUUGAUGAGUGGCCUCUCAGCCCGAUUUUCAAUGUUACGAGAGCAAGACGAUCCAAAUUCAAAGAUUGGCAAAGCAAGUGACGACAGCGUUUUAUUUCCUAAGCAAGGCACAAAAUUCAACGAGUUUGACUUUCAGAGGCCGUAUGGAUUAUCAGAUAUUGCUGAAGUAGCAUCUAUCAAUGGAUCAAUCAGACCCCCUUUUGCGGAUCGAGAGAGAAACGAUUCCUACAGUACAUUAACUGGAAGUGUAGCAGAUGAUGACUCGGUGCACAGCGGAAGUAUAAUGAGUCGAGCUAAACCAGGAGAAGGAAACAAUCUGUUUGGCGGUCGGCAAAAGAUAUACAAACUUCCUGCAAAUUCAUCCGCAUCCACGAAAAGUCUGGGAGAAGGGGGCAAUAUGCCUGGGAGAGCAGUUUACGAUCAUGAUGUGAGCCAGUCCGCAUUUCAAAAACUGCGAGAACGGGAAAAGGAGCGAGAGCGAGUGGCACGAGAGGAAAGUGAAGCAGCGCAGCAAUCAUCACGCCCUCCAUCUCCACCACUGUCUGGCUACAACCGCAACCGGGAAACCUCCUCGACUACGUCGUCAGCACAUGGAAAUGUCAGAAUCUCUACAGCCGCAACUUCUGUUACCUCUCAGAGAACACCAUCCUUGAAAGGCGACCAUACCCCAAUCACGCCGAAUGGAUCUAUCAAUGGAAAUUUGGAACGAUCCACAACGAAAACUCGUCGACUCUAUGAAACGGGUCUCGAUCAGCAUUUGCAUGAGCAGCAGCAUUCUGCUAUGAACAGGAUCGAUACCUUGAGCAGGCAACGAAAUAUUGGAACAAGGACGCCACCUAUGAACUCACCAACUGGUAGCUUCCCAUCUGAUAGAUGGGACAGGCAGGUCCUAUCAAAGCAAAGUAUGCCUAAUUUGCGACCAACCAGCCCAGUCCAAAGCAAUACAGGUCUUAAUGGGUUCGACUUUGCGGUCAAGCCAGCCAACCCACCAGAUUCGAAAGCCUACGGUAUAUCAUCACCUCCUCUCAGUCCACCUCCCGGACAGGGUGAGACGGUUCUCCUGCCAGUGCGACCAAAUGACCGCGGAAAAGCUACAGCUACAGGAGCAUUCUCGCGACCUUCUGAGCCAUAUGACGAGCACAAAUAUUCUCAACGCCAAGUCCAAAUGCAGCAAGGACGGGAAACUCCACCACUUAGGAAACAUUCACCUCCAGACGUCUUCAUCCCGCGGCCACAAGGAGGGAGAAGCCGUGCCAAUUCGAAUGCUACCUUUGCAUCUUCUGGGUCUGGUCGAUCAGGGUCGAACUCAUCAGCAAAUCGACACUUUCAUCCUCAGCGCGUCUCUGAAACUCAACCAACUACUGUCCCGGAGAAUAAUGCGGUCAAAGGUAUCUUCUUGACAUCACCAGAAGAUGUGGAUAUGCCGACCACAGAAGACCAGCCAUUGAGAUCCCAGGGAAGCGCAUUGGAUCUUAGCAAGAUGAACUUCCAGGACCAGAAUGUCAAUCUUGAAAGACCACCUGAGUCGCAGCAUCCUGCCAACCGUCAGAAGAUAGCAGAGUCCUCCGUUGUACCCAAGGAUGGUAGUUUAGACUCCCCGCGAAGUGGUGAUGGCUUACUCACGCCCGACUUCAAUAAGCCUUCUUUGAACCUCCCAGCGGACUCUCCAACUCUCGGGCCCACAUCUGGUACCACUGGUCUGAGUGGUAUGGUCCGACAACACCUGAGAAGUGAUAGCAAUACCUCUUCCGUCUAUGGCGGUGCCUCUUCUGGUGCAUUGACUUCUCGUUUUCCCACCGAAAUAAAUCAGCCAUUGCCACAAGAUUACUACAGUCAGAGUAAUCCAUGGGAUGGCGAUGAUGGCUGGGACCGAGAUUAUUACACCAGUCAAAGCAGUGCUGAGCUACCAAAAGAGCCAAAAGAUCUGGAUGCACUUCCAUCUCCUCUAGCUGUCCGUUCGCCCAACGUAGAGAAGCGAAAUGACGGUGUGAAAUCAGCAUGGGAGAGGGAAUUGGAAUCACAUCAUACACGAGACGGAAGCACCGAGACUCAAAAAGAGAGGCUUGACUUCAAAAACGAGCUCGCCGAGCGACGCAGGCGUGUGCAGGAGAACAUGAAGAGCUUUGUCGAGGCUGAUAGCAGAUCAGCAAGUCCACUCCCAGAUCUUCCUUCGAAGUCCAACCCUUUAGGUCUUCUGAAGUCCAAAUCCAGCCGAGGUUCUUUGGUCGUAAGAAGCAAAGAGCCACCACAGCUAAAGGCUAUGAAAAUGCUGGGACUUGGUAGUGCAACGAUCACCAGCUCGCCUUCGCCAAACCACGCAGAGUUUGACUCUGAGAUCCAUCGAAAUUAUGAGGAUCAUCCUGUCAAUGGUGGCCAAGUUCGAAGACCCAAUCCCCCUCCCGAGAACAGGUCAUUUCGGCAAGCACGAAGAGAUGCUCAGCAUGAUCGCGAACGUCAGACGGCUAUUCGGCACCAAGGACAAGGUAGAGAGGGCCACAACCCCCAAUGGAGACCUGAAAACCGAUCUCCUCAACCCGGUAACAUGAAUCACCGCGGACCACCAGGUGCACGACCUCGCCAACGAACCCCAAGCAAGGAGAGACCUCCACAAGUCAUGACACGUCCAUCUCGAAACGGUACGAUGGAGAGCCAAAACAGUGGCCCAUCCAGCCGAUCUGACUCCUCCCCUUCAUCACGGCCUUCCCGCGAUCGAUCAGGGUCUGAUAACUCUCAAAAUCGAUCCAAGAGCCGCAAUGGCAGGUAUAGAGAUGACUUGGCCAGAGAUGGAGCAGCCUCCAAUGACCAGGCACACUACAACGAUCUUCAACUUCCUGCUAUUCCUAUGGCUCCAAGGUCUCCUGGUGGUCUGCCGUCUGGACCUUCACCUAUACCGUCUCCUAUGAUGCCUCCAGGUGGAAGAUCUCGAAGCAACAGCCGACCUGCACCCAUCCCGAACGAGCAUGCUGAAUCUCAGCGAACUCUUGCUCCAAUUAAAAUCCAUGACGGACCCUAUGGUCUACCACUUUCUCCCAGACCGUCACCCACAGCUUUGUUUUCUGUCAAUCAGACCCCAGCUCAGCCAUCUCCCGGGAUGCCUCCAGCAGUAACGCCUACAGUCGCAGCAUUCCAGCCACAACCUCAUGUACCCACCGUCCGCAAAAUGUCGGUGAACAAGUCUCAAAUUUCAGAGCCUAAAUUUGUAUCUUCUACAUCGAGAGUCACCACCAUCAAUCUUUCACAAGUUUCCCAACAGAACUUGCAGAAUGGAAUGCCUGUAAUUGGUGCCCCGCCCAUUCCUCCAGUCAAUCCUGCACGCCGUCAACCUCGCGGAAUGUUUGGACUCAGAAGGAAGGAUGAUUAUGAGGAAGUACAGCCCAUGCCUCAAGCUACUCAAUCUACCGAAGAGAUGAGCACGUUUUCUGACGACGGAGAACCCAAGUCUCGCAACCGACAAAAGCUACGAAAGGUCUCCAGUGAGGGUGGAAAUCUUAACGCCAAAGCAAGACAAGCUGCAUCGGCCAAGCCAAGUCCAGCUAUGCCCACCACCACAGCUUUUACAGCACCAAGAGGUAAUAGCCCUCCACGACCACCUCCAUCCGAAGGAGGAAUGUUUUAA